AUUGCUCCUCGUAGAGGGCAACCCUCUAUGGAGGCUUUGGCGUGCGUUGGGAAUCUUGCAAAAGCAAUGGGACCUUCUAUGGAGCCUCACGUACGAAAUCUUCUGGAUGUAAUGUUUUCUGGAUUAUCCUCCUCCUUAAUGGAAGCCCUUGAGCACAUAACUGCCAG